AUGAAGAAGGUGACGGCAGAGCGACCAGGUUCAGCGGUCAAUGGACGACACGAUUCGUCAACAAACAACACUCGAAACAGCUCAACAGCAAGUCUGAACGGACACGAUCCAAUAAGGUAAUAAAAAUAACCUGAUGGUCUGGAAGUAAAUUUAACACAAAGUGCUUAUUGAAAACAAGACUUGGAACCCGGGCCUGCUGCGCGGGCCGAGCUGACGCUCGAAAGCGGUUACGCCGCUUGCUUAUUUCUUACAACCGUUUGGAAGUUCACGUAUUCAUUUAUCAGAUUUCUCCGUCACAAUUUUUUGUUUUAGAAAUGAACGUGGGGACGGACAAACAGAGAAAUAAACAAGCAGAGGGACAAACCCCCCAAGGCUUACAUUAAUAAGAACAAGACUUUUGAAACCGGGGCUCGCUGCGCGGGCUUCGCCGCUUGUCUUUCUUCUCCGCUAAACCAUUCUAUAGUUCACGUAUUCAUUUCUUCGUUUAUCCGUCACAACUUUUUCCGUUUUAUAAAUAAAUAAAUGGCCGGACAAACGGAGAAAGAAAGAAAGAAAGUUACGACCCUUUUAGCUUUUUAUUAAUGCCGCGUCCAAAGUUAAAAAACAACCCGGAAAUCACGCGGAUUUCGUUGGGAUUUCCUUGAACUUUGGACGCGGUAAAAAUAAGAAUGAUGAUGAUAAUGAUGAUUCUUAUUAAUAUACCUCUUGGGAGGGUAUGUCUGUUUGUUUAUUUCCUUGACUGUCCGUCCCCACUUUCAUCUCUAAAACGAAAAAGUUGCGACGGAAAAAUUAAGAAAUUAACACGUGCACUUUCGAACGGGUAUAAGUUGCACAAUGACUUUCUCAAAAAUUCAACACCAACAUUUUCAGAUCUACUGCUUCUUCCCCAUUAUUCGGCAUAGACCCGCUUCCGGAUGACGAUCACGCACAAUGUCCUUACUGCCAGCAAGAUUUCCGCAAGCCCCGUGUUCUCGAUUGCCUACACUCUAUGUGUGAAGACUGCAUCAUAGCUCAACUCGACGGUCACCUUCAAGCGAAGUCUUCUGUGUUAGAAGAAAAGAAGAGAUCCGCUAUGUUAGAAUGCGAGUUAGAAGCACCGAAAGUCAAAGAACGCCCAACACCUCCAGGUGUUAUUCGAUGUCCGAUUUGCGCGCAAGAGUCGCAUGUGGGGAAUGAUGUCCGCUAUGUACAUGCUAUGCUUCUUGAUUAUGUAGGCAUAUUUCAUUUCUAACUCAACCUUCGUUGGUUUACUUUAGGUUCGGCUCGCGACAAUGCAAGAAAUGGAAGUAGAAAAGAUGGUGGCGCAUCACACGAAGUCUUGUACUGCCUGCAAGUCUGAGCAGGAAGCUAUCGCCUUCUGCGAUCAAUGCUCCUCCGACCUUUGCGAAAAUUGUACGACUGCUCACACUGUUAUGAAUCUAUUUGACGGUCAUAUGGUUACCACAUUCGCCGACCUCCGGUCUCGCGGAGCACAGCCCGAGUUGCGGCAGGUGGUGUGCACUACUCACAACCAGCAUAUGCGAUUUUUAUGCGCAGCCUGUGAAACAGCGGCAUGCAAGCAGUGUCUCGAAGUUGAUCAUCUCAAUCAUAAAAUAAUUGACAUUAAUGAACUCGUGAUUAAUGCUAUUAGAGAGGAUGUCACCAACACCGUCGAGCGAGUUGAAAAAAAGUACAACAAUUCCUUGGUAGAGAUGAAUAGCCUUCCCGAUAAGUGCCUACAAGUAAACGAACAGUAUGAUGUCGCAAAAUAUCGUGUUGAGAAGCAUUAUGACGAAUUGCGAAAUGCACUGGAGGUCCGUUUAUCCGUAAACUAGAGAGAAUUAAUGUAAUUUAUUCAACUUUUAUUCAUUUGUUUUCAGGAAAAUCGUCAGAAAGUUCUAAGUGAGCUGGAAGAAGCUCGACUUCGACAGGAAAAUAAUGUGGACGACAUGUAUCGUAAAGCUCAGGUCAACGAAGCUCGUGUACAUGACGCCAUCAAUUUCACUCGCCGCCUUCUAGUUAAAGCAAACGGUCUUGAGCUAGUAGUCUCACGGAAAAAAGUUAUUCAGCAGCUUGGAAAUCUUUCACAUGCUAUACCAAACCAUGGUCAUCAAGUCGAGUUAGAGUUUUUGACUCCUUCAAAAAAACAAAUCGAGCAUUUUGUUCAUCAAUUGACUGGAACGGUCAUUGGACGGGUUAUUCAACCGACCGUCAAAGACGUUAACACAUUGAAUAAUAUGGUAGAGCCAAGUGGAGGAGCAGUUCAUUCACAAAGUGGACGAGCUAGUUCAGCUGCGGCAUAUCAAGAUGGUAAGUUUUUAUCACUUUUUUAAACUUUUUGUUGAACAUUUUUAUUGAAUCAUUUCUUUUUAUAGACUGGAGUAAACUUGGAUAUAAUCAGAAUUCCCAGCUUGGCGCUAUCGGAGGAGAACGAAAAAAGAACGGUCAGAACGGCGUAAAUGGUUCGCGAAGUGAGAUUUUCGGAGGAUGGCCUCCAAGCAGUCAUCCGCCAGAGUCAACUACGCCUCCACCCGGUACUCAGCCUCUUCUGGCUACGGCUCCCCCGGCUGUCUCUCAGCAGCAAUUGACCGCUCUUCCAAACGCUGCCCUGGCUGCCGCUGCGGCAGGAAUGCGCCCCGAUCUUGUGGCUCUUGCCAAUCAUUUGGAUUUAAACACAUUGACAAACGGAGGAGCUCCAGGAGCUUCAGCCACAGGUCUAUCAGACCCUAACUCACUUUUCCCAUUCUGGACGCGACACGGACUUUCGAACGUUCCAACUCCGACCACGACGGGUCUGUCAUCAAGCGCAUCUGCUGCCUAUAUACAACACAAACUCGCGGCAGCCCAGCUUCAAGCAGCCGCAGGUCUUCAGAUCAGUCAGAGACUCAACCCGCAACUUCUUCCAAUGGUAACUCUGUCUUCAAUAUUCGAAAUAUUUUUUCACAUUCGCGUGAUUCCUCGUUGCAGAAUACGCUCCGGAAUAGCUCCCUUGAACAAUUACUUGCAAUGAAUGCAAUGGGAUCAAUGAACCUGAAUAAUCAACUUUCAUCAGCUGCUGCUGCCGUAGCUGCUGCUGCUUCUAACACCAACAACAGUUCGACCACGACUACUGCUGCUUCUGAAAAUCAAUCAGUAUCGGGAAAUGGUUCAAUGUCUCAAAGAGUCAGUGAUCUAAAGGUUCAUAGUGUUUUUGGAACAUCGCAACAAGGAAGCACGAUAAGAGAGUUACACUGUCCUUCUGGAUUUUGUCUUUCGGACACCGACGAUAUUCUGAUUGCCGACACGAAUAAUCACCGAGUUGUCGUUUGCGGACCACCCCAUCCAUGGAAAAUCGGACGACCCGGAACAGACGAUGGACAGCUUUGUUUCCCUAGGAAGGUCAUAGCGUUGAAAGGCGACGCUGUUCGUUACGUCGUCCUCGACAAAGGCGGGGAUGGUAAAACACGCGCUCAAAUUUUUGAGGCCCGUGGAGAGUUUGUAAAACGCCUCAACAUGGUGUCUCUGGUUCCGCGUGGUGGAAUAGAGGUGUCAGCGGCUGCCGCAACUCCGAAUGGGCAGCUUCUGCUAGUCGACACUGCUGGCUUCGUUUAUUCGAUUGAUGUUGAUGCGCCGCGAGUGACUUUCUGGUUUGAUGCUUCUGCUCAACUUGGAGAGGCGAGCGAUGUGGCAAUGUUUGAAAAUCUGAUUUACGUUACCGAUUUCAAGCAUCACUGUGUCCAAGUAUACACAUCAGAAGGUAAUCAUAAAUGUAUUAUUGUUGCAUAAAAGUAUUAUUGUCACAGGAAAGUUUAUCCGUAAAAUGGGUGAACCUUCUCAGACACCGUAUCCAAUCGGAAUCGAUGUUUCAAAGGCUGGAGAAGUUCUUGUUGCGGACACUCAUGGAAACCAUUUACACGUGGUUGUCUUCAGUCCAGAAGGACAACAUAUACAUUCUUUCACACAUAAUGAAUUCCGAGUAAGUAAUUCUGCCGUACAAUACAGAUGAGUUUUUUUUGUGUGUCUCACGGAGAUUUCUAGUUCAUGCUCGGUAAAAGUCCGCAACUUCCGCGCAAACCUUACGCAACUUCUAUUCUGAAGUUGGGUAGAAGUUGCGCAAAUGCUGUGCAAAAUAUCGAGAAAAAAGGAAGGUUAGCGCCAAAAGUUGUCACAGACUUUUACAUGACAUCGCUGAAUAACCCCAAGACUUUCUUUUUUCAAGACAAAUACUUUUUUUGCGAAGUAAAAUGAAAAUGAAGUUGCAAAUGAACGGCAAAGUUCAGUAAUACUAGAUAUGUCCAGUAAAUUCUCCGGCCCUGUAGGCACCAACUUAGUCCGAAAUUAAAAAAAUCACGAAAAUUUGCUGAAAAGUGAGCGAACAGAUUGAUCGCUUCCCGCGCGGCAUUGACCGCUUCUGGCCGGCAAAAUCUUCGGCGCGGCCCCGAGUUUUCAAAAAAAAAAACUUUUUUACAGCUAUCAAGGUGUGUCGGCCUCCGAAUCGCCAAAAGUGGACAUAUAGUAACUCUGUGCAAGCACAAUCACACUUUAUUUGUUUUCAAACCGCUCAUUCUACCUAACGGAAUUCCAGUCCCCACACCUGUUCCACAUUCUUCAUCGUUGGUUACCAAAUUUUAAACGACGCCUCAAGUCUUGUACAUUGCCGCUAUUUCAUUUUUAUCCGUCUUUCCCGUACUUCGAAUAUUGUGUCCGGUGUCCAUAAGACUCCCUAUCAUAUUAUAUUACUCCCCGUUCUUACACUCUGGGAACUCGAUCGCAAUCUAAUUAGAAAACUUUGCAAUCUAAGACGAACUCGUUUGAAAUAGAAUUUGCUUCAAUUAGAUUGCAAAAUCUUCUAAUUAGAUUGCAAUCACUGCAAUGUUUUCUAAUUAGAUUGCGAUGUUUUCUUAUUAGAUUGCAAUGCAGGAAAAAUACAUUGUAAUCUAAUACGAUUUUACUGGAACUUCAAUUAAAUCUGAUUAGAUUGCGAAAUAGAGCUUUUUCUUAUUAGAUUGCAAACUCUUCUAAUUAGAUUGCAAUCGAGUUUCCAGAGCAGUUGCAAUUUCAGAUUUCAUCCCAUUUUCUUUUAAUCGCAUACUUCGCCUCAUUCAUAUUUUAUCAGAAAAAUCUCUACAGUGGUCCAUUUUUAAGUCUCAUCAUUUUUGCACCUCUGAUUUCAUGUAAUCUCACAUACCAAGCCUCAUCAUGAAAUGCUCAAAAUCUUUCAAAUCUUCGUUCACCUGUUUCUUUUCAUUUCAUCAUGAUAGUCCCAUUUAAGUCCCGUUGAAAUGUAAAUACCAGACAUAUUUUUCCUUUCCUCUAUAUAAUUGAAAGCUCUUUCUGCCAUUCUUUUCUCGAAAAUAUCCUUUUCUGUUUUCUUUUUUUUACAAGCUUUGAAAUAUGAUGUAGUAGCUGUACUUCAGCAGUCUUAGAUAUGUAUUUUGAAAUUUCUAGGACCCUCUUGUUUUGUAUUUACUUCAAACUUUCUUUCCUCUCCAACCACCAACCCUUUACAUCACACCUCUUACUCACUUUCAUUGAUAUUACCAGUUUCGUCUUAUUUUUUUGAUUUAUUCGCCUUUUCUGUGAGCUUUGCUGGUAUCGGUGAAGUGAACUUGAAAUUUUUAGGUUGACGUUACCGAGAAAUCUAUUAGAUUCGUUCUUAUAGUCUUACCAUGUUCCGAAUAGUCCGAGAACCAAUUUGACGGCUGUCGUUGAAAUCUCAUUCUAUGUGUUGACACGACAAAUUGACUGCUGCCAGUGCCGGAAAAGUUCUUAACAGUAGGUAUAUAAUCAGAUAACGUGUUUCAUCUACUUGCGAUUCAUACUAACUAGAGCAUUUCCCCCCAAUGUUGCUCAGAUUCAAUCUUUAUCCUUUUCCUACCCAAACUGCUAUUUGACUGCUAUUUUUCAUCGGCCGGCGCCAAUAAUUGGAAUCUCAUUUAACUCAUCUUUAAACUCAUUUCAUUACUCGUGCUCCUCGGGAUCUGCACACUCGAACCAAAAUUUCUGAAAUUGAAAUUGAUACGCAAACACUGAGGGGGCAAGAGCGAUCAUUUGAGAUUAACUUUUUACAAAAUUUUCAAAGUUUCUCGAAAAGUUCUUCGAAUGCAACGUUUGUGAGAGUCCCAUUAUCUGGAUGUAGAUAUAGGACAAUUGCCAAGUUUGAAGACAUUGCGAUGUUCUUUCUCUAAAACUUGAGGACUAUACUCAAUUUACCGCUCUUGCACCCUCGGUGUUUACGUACUCAAGCCUUAUUUCAAAAAUUUUGGCUUGAGUCAGCAAACACCGAGGGGCAAUAGCGAUGAAUUGAGUUUAUCUCUUCAAGUAUUGAGUGUACUAUCAAGUGUACAUCGUUUCUCGCAACAGGCCGAUCUUCACUAACACUUCGCGAUUUCCAAUUUGUUAACCACAUCUAUUCCGUCUGAGGCGCAAUUAAGAUUUUCUAACUUGCUGUACAGUGUUUUAUCCUUUUGAAUUAUUUUAUAGCUGCACCUCCCCCCUUCGCAUACUUUCAAAAUAAAUAUUUUAAAGAGUAGUAUUCUAUAGAAACAUGUUCAAGAUGUAUUAACGCGACCACUCCCUGUCAUAUCAUGUUAUCAUUCUGAAGCGUACGCGUAUUUAAAGUUGAUAUAGGGUAAUUCAGUGUCAAUUUAUUUACGUCAAAAACCGAUUCAAUAAUAAGUUAUGUUUAAAAAAACGAAAAUAAUUUUUAUUGAAUAACUUAUUAUCAUAUCAGACUGUGACACAAUUCCUACGUUAAAAUUGCAAAACAGGCGCCUGUUCUGCAACCCUAGCGGACGGACGAAUUCGUUUAAUGAACCUCAGUUGGUUGCUCGGAGAUAGCUAGGUGAAUGGUGUGGCUCUUGAGGGCCCUAGUUAUCUCUUAUUCUCUUAUUCAUGUCUCAAGCUGGCUGACCAGCGGCCUAAGCGUGUAACGGAGUCAUUUCAUGAUAUCUACAGAGUUGGACCGAAUGAGUUGUCAAAGAAACAUGAAAAGAUCUCGAGAAGUGAAUUUAAGUAGCUUAGCAAGAUUGAAUGUCGAGAAGCCGCGGAAAAGGAGUGAGUAUUUGGAAUGUUUUCUGAGAAAAAUCAGGGUGGUACUAUAAAAUAUGGAGUACAUUUCCAAUUUUAAAAUUCUCAUUUUUCCAUAAAGUCAUGACACAUAUGGGAAAAUGUUCCCCAUAUUUCAUAGUAUACCAUCCUGAUCUUUCUCAGAAUAGUCCCAACUUACUUUAAAAAUUUUUUCUAGUAAGUCAAUUUGACUUUCAGAGCUGAUGUUUGGAGAGCGAAAAGAAGGUCAAACCGUAUUUUUGCGAUCGGAUGGUCUUAGAAAUAGACACACACAGUUGGAAAAGUCUACCGGAAACCGGGACAAAAAGCGCUCUGAUGAACUACAGACUCUACUCCCAACGACAAGCUCAUCCAUAUUAGAAACAAAUACGGUCUCCAUGGCUACGGAGUUACCAUCUAAAAGAAGUUUGUCUUCUUCACAAAAGCUUCAAGAAGAGGCUUUAUCUGAUUAUCGAUUUUGCCGAUUUCCAAAGCAAUUUAAUGGGUCAUCGUGAGUUUUUUCUGAAAACAUGAUAUUCGCUCUGGGAACUCAAUCGCAAUCUAAUUAGAAAACUUUGCAAUCUAAUACGAACUCGUUUGAAAUAGAAUUUGCUUCAAUUAGAUUGCAAAAUCUUCUAAUUAGAUUGCAAUCGAGUUUCCAGAGCGCGACACUAGUUUCCAUGUUCAGAACGAUGGUAGAGCACAGUAAGCGAUGGAACUAUCAGAUGGCAUGCGACAUAAACUCAGAUGAGCAAAGUGGUGAAGGGUAACCAUGCAUACGCACACUUUUCAUGUUUAAAAACGGAAAUAGUUGUUAUCUCUGGAAACUCGAUUGCAAUCUAAUUAGAAGAGUUUGCAAUCUAAUAAGAAAAAGCUCGUAUUCGCAAUCUAAUCAGAUUUAAUUGAAGUUCCAGUAAAAUCGUAUUAGAUUACAAUAUAUUUUUCCUGAAUUGCAAUCUAAUAAGAAAAAAUUGCAAUCUAAUUAGAAAACAUUGGAAUCUAAUUAGAAAAUUGCAGUGAUUGUAAUCUAAUUAGAAGAUUUUGCAAUCUAAUUGAAUCAAAUUCUAUUUCAAACGAGUUCGUAAUAGAUUGCGAUUGAGUUCCCAGAGAUGGAGAACUUAAGAAAUGAACGCCUGAAGUUUCUAGCAGUUUUGAGAAGCAAACAAUCGGCGAAACCUGCACACCGGCCCGCGGGGCAAGGUUCAAAACGUUUUGUUAACAAUAGUUUUCCAGGGAGAUGUAUUACGUAGCUCACCCAUUAUUACCUCUGCCUCGUAGUCGAAAAAAUGAGUUGUGCACAGCGACACGGAUGAAUUACGCGGCCCAGCGACUGGACAAUCGAAAAUUCAAAAAUCAGGCCAAUGCUGUUAAUAAUAUUAGGGAUAAUGAAAGUGUUAGUUGUACUAAGUAAGUUCGCAUAGUGACCAGUUUAUCAGAUAAAGUUUUUUUCAAUCUAGAUUGCUUUUCAAUCUAUUUUGCUAAAAAUUUUCUAAUUAGAAAGACAAGUGUAAGUCUAGUUAGAAAAUUUAUCACUCUAGUUAGAAGAAUUUGUAAUCUAAUCGCAGUAAAUUAGCAAUCUAACUACAGUGCUGGCCAUUAAUAAAUGAAAAAAUGGUUUUUUGAGGAUAACUUUUUUUCUAGUUAUCCGGGGACCCUGAAACUUAUACGGUAUACAAAAAGUACCGUUAGGCAAAGUUGCGGACUUUCAAACUGCAUCAUCAUUUAUUUUUUUUCAUUUUUUCGAUUUUUCGAUUUUUGACGUUUUUUAUUUUUUUCGAUUUAUUUUUUUUUCUGUGAUAACAUAUGACUCUAAAAUGAUUUGUUGACAUGGGAAAACCUCGUGGAAGACAAAAUGUGCCCGUAGAUGUUAAAAAAGCGAUCAUCCGAGGUCGCCAGCAAGGCAUGAAGUUGAAAGAUCUUGCUCAGCAGUUUCAGCUCGGUAUUUCCACGGCUUUCAGCAUUUUGAAAAGAUUCAAGACGCAGGCAAGGUUCAAAGUGUUUGUCAAACCCAAUAAAAUAUUUAGAAUACCUGCAUCGGUCCAAAGGCGCCAGGAAAACCUCGUGGAACCACCAAGGCUAUGGAUCGGAACAUCCUGAGAGCGUCGAGAGAGGAUCCCAGAAGGACUUCAACGGAAAUCCAGAUGGUUGUGAAUUCUCCCACGGAUCCAGCACUUUCUAGAAGAACAAUCAGAAGACUUUUACAAGAUGCUGGGCUCCAUGGACGACGUCCAGUUCGCAAACCACUAAUCAGUGAGAGGAACCGGAAGGCUCGAGUUGCAUGGGCAAAAGCUCAUCUCACCUGGGGACCUCGCGAAUAGGAAAAACACAUCUGGUCCGAUGAAAACAAGUUUAAUUUGUUUGGUAGUGAUGGAAAUUGCUGGAUUCGGCGUCCCGUUGGAACCAGAUAUUCUUCCAAGUACCAUCUUCUAACAGUCAAGCACGGAGGAGGAUCGUGUAUGGUAUGGGGAUGUUUCUCGGCCAACGCUAUGGGACCUCUGAGACGUAUAAACGGAAUAAACGUCUUCUGAUUGUUCUUCUAGAAGGUGCUGGAUCCGUGGGAGAAUUCACAACCAUCUGGAUUUCCGUUGAAGUCCUUCUGGGAUCCUCUCUCGACGCUCUCAGGAUGUUCCGAUCCAUAGCCUUGGUGGUUCCACGAGGUUUUCCUGGCGCCUUUGGACCGAUGCAGGUAUUCUAAAUAUUUUAUUGGGUUUGACAAACACUUUGAACCUUGCCUGCGUCUUGAAUCUUUUCAAAAUGCUGAAAGCCGUGGAAAUACCGAGCUGAAACUGCUGAGCAAGAUCUUUCAACUUCAUGCCUUGCUGGCGACCUCGGAUGAUCGCUUUUUUAACAUCUACGGGUACAUUUUGUCUUCCACGAGGUUUUCCCAUGUCAACAAAUCAUUUUAGAGUAAUAUGUUAUCACAGAAAAAAAAAUAAAUCGAAAAAAAUAAAAAACGUCAAAAAUCGAAAAAUCGAAAAAAUGAAAAAAAAAUCAUUUUCUGAAAAAAAAAUAAAUGAUGAUGCAGUUUGAAAGUCCGCAACUUUGCCUAACGGUACUUUUUGUAUACCGUAUAAGUUUCAGGGUCCCCGGAUAACUAGAAAAAAAGUUAUCCUCAAAAAACCAUUUUUUCAUAUAUUAAUGGCCAGCACUGUAGGUCCGGAUAGAAACGCGAAAUAGCUAACUAGAAUAGUAACGAUUUGCCUAAGCACUUUGAAGUCCAAAAUGACCUACUAAAACUGAUUUCUAAAAGUGUUGUGUGACACGAGCCGGCAAAGCAUACGGAGGAGUGGAAAUUGUGAAGCUGUAACUUCUCUGAGAAACCUUACAUUUACCUCUGACCCGGCUCAUUUUGAAGAACCGAAUUAGAGGUCCCUAUGUUCGAUUUCUGGAGAUAUAUUGAAGAAACCGAAAGUUCUAUGUAUGAAAAGCCGGGCCGUGUGUGACUGAACCUGCAGAUGUGUCUCAUUUUCAACGAUAGAGAUUUUUCCCGCGAAAUUUGAAUCUUAUUUUUGCACAUACGCUUGAGCACGCCGUGCGGAUUUUGCCAUUCAUUGGACAAUUGCUUUUACUGCCGCGCGCGCCUCCUGAUCAUGUCCCUAAAUAUUAUUAUUACAUUUCAGAUGCGGAAUGCUCUAUUUCUUCAAUUCAAUGAGAAUGCAGGAACGUAUUUCUUAUUUGCAACCAACCCAUGAGGAAGAUCUUCCAACAGUACAGUUUGAGUGCCCUAUGUGUAAAGUGAUCGUGCACGCGGGUACUUUUUCGUAG